UUAAAGUUACUUCCCAUAAUAACAUUUUUUAGUUUAAUUUAAAUUGAAUCAAUGAAUAACUAUAAGAAUAAAAUUAACUAUGAAAGUCCAUGCGACUCCGACAACGAUUGGACAAAUUCAUCUGAUGACUCUAAAUAUUCGGAUACAGAAAGCUCAGUCCCUGAAUGGGACUCAGAUAUAGGAGAGGAUGGUGAAUUGGUUUAUAUCAAAACCAAAACCCACAGUGAAAUUAAAAAUGAUACGAAAGCCCCUCUGUUGGAAAGUUGUGAGACUUUUAAAUUAAGAAGCGACUUUAAAAGAUCUUCUACAAGACGUUCUACUAAAGGGAGAAUAUUUAAAGCUUUAAAGAAUCGCAAAUUCAAGGUUAAGGACAAUGGAAAUGACAAGAGAAAAGAUUUGGAAGAUAACAAUAAGUUUAUUAUUAUACAGGUCAGUAAAAACAUGAUAUUCAGCAGUGAAAAAAAUUGCCAAAUUGAAAAACUAUUUGGCAUCAGUUUAGAUACACAUGCAGAUGGCAAAACUUUAGUGGUUGCUGAUUUUCUACCAGAAGCUAAAGCUAUAUACACUCCCAAAGUCAAAUCAGGAUUUUAUUUGCAAAAAAUUAAUGGUAUAGAUGUUACAUCAUACAAUAUUAAUAAUGUCUUACCGAGAGUUAUUGAAGAUGUGGAAAAUCCUAAAUUAACAUUUCAAGUUGUAUCUGAAGGUUUUAAUAUUGACUUGGAGAAGUUAUUGAAACUUAAAAAUGCUCCUGAUAAUUCUUUGACUCAGUUACUAAAAGAUUCAAUGUGUUCUGCUCUUUAUAUGUGUGGAAAUGAAUCAGACUAUCCAAGCAAUGAUGAUAAAGGUGUAUUAUAUUGUUUUCCAAGACCAUUUAACCAAAAUUUUCUGUAUAACACAAGAGGUGCUUACUUAACACUAAAUCAUCUAGCGCCUAAGUCUUUAGGGACAAGUGAGCCUGUAAUAUCCACAGUAUUACACAAAAACCAACUUAUAAACAUAACAUAUGCACCAAAUUGCAAUGAUUUGCUACUAGUUGCUAUCCCUAAUGACAAGAUUGACGUUUUCGCAUCUAAAAGAAUAAUAAACGAUAUCGUAAAAGUUCUAGAGUUAUUAUAUGGAUCACUUAAGACAUGUUUUACUAAACCAAACAAUGUGGAUAAAUUAGACAGUUUGUUUUCAAGGAUAUUUGUAUCUUUACUGUUUGGAAGUAAGAAUAAAGAUAAAAUAGAUCAUAUCAAUGCAACUUUUGAAGAUAUAUUGGCAGCUAGGACUGUAUCUUUGCCAUUAGAAGUUAAGAUUCAAGUGGAUGAUGCUAUAACAGAGCUGGAAGCUGCUGAUUAUAGAGAAUGGACAGACGACGUGGACAAUUUCCAACGACUCUACACCGUGAUUGGCGCGUGCCUUUAUUAUUCCGGCCAUCUAUUGACCUCUCACUUACAAGAUGAGGAUCUGAAAGAGAUAAAUGCGUAUUUAAAACUCAACGGCAUACUGAAUCUUGGCAACGACAAAGACAUCGAGAGGCUGGUUAUUUGGAAAGAGGUGUUUAUAAAUGAGCAUCGGAAGCAAAACAAAAUUGAUUUAAGCGAAUAUAAAAUUCCAGAUGGCCGUUGGUUCCUACUGAUUGUGGGUAAAGGUAAUUUCGUCUUGGCAACACUCAUGGAGGCUGGCGGAUGUACAGAAGACGCAGUAGGUGUAACUCCCCCAUCGCCGUUCUACGUGGAGGAAUGCGAGAGUUGCCUCGACUUGCUUUUCGACGUCGGACUGAACAAGUACCUGCUUUCGUGGUUCUCCUCCAAUACCCAGCCGCAAGUUGAAACCUCGCCUCAGUACCUCACGAAACACGGAAGGAAAAUCAGAGACAAUACGUCCACAAAACAAGACUACAAAAGUCCGACAUUAAAACUCCGCAAAUCCCAGCCGGACAUGAAAAGACGUCACAACUCCUCCGAUCAGAUCAACGCUGGAUCAACUAGUGAGAACUCCAUCAACAAUUACCACAGUACAAGUCAGCAUAACUUGUAUGCGCAGUGGUACAAUGGUCCGCAGAAACAGUAUAGGCAUUCGAGUUUAGACGUCAGUUACUCGGAAGAUUCUGGAAGCUUGAAGAGUAAUAGUGAAAUAAGUGAAGACCGAAUAGCUGGCCGAAGAGCUGAUAGGGAACAGAAAAAUCGGCGAGAAUCAUCCGGAUCAGAUUCUGAUUGGGAGAAACAGGAAGGCAGUAGGUCAAGUAAUAUCGAUGUUUCAGACUUAAGGAAGUCAUUGCUAGAUGAACUUGAUCAUGCCACCGUACACAGAAUAACAGCAGGCGAAGAAAAUGUACUGUUCCAUUUUAUACAACUAGAAUCUGAGAAGGGUGUGCUGAUAGCCCCCGUGAGGAACAUAGAGGCACAGGCUAACAGUCCGCUAUACUCGCAUAUUGUGAAAACCUUCAGAACUGCCUGUAAAAAAAUCCACGAACUAUUGCAACAUAGUAUAAUGUUCAAAAAGAGUCAUGCCCCAUCGAAUCCAAUUAACAAAAUAUUGGUAGCCGUGAAAGAAUAUGGAAUGUUAUUUGAGGCUCCAGCGGCAAUACUAAAUCAGUGUGGGAUCAGCAAGAAGAACUGUGAACCAUUCCAUUUUUGGGUUGUUGGACGCGUAUUUAGUGAACCGGAGCCUCGAGAACUGUAUCUUUGCUACCACGAGUCUGUCCCACAAGAUAUUACGGAAAUCGCAUAUUUACUAUCUUAUUUGGAGUAAUGAUAUUAGUGAAGUGGGCUGUUCUUAUUUCUCCUUUCUUUACCUUUUGCCUCAAUAAGAGAACUAAAAAAAAAAAAGAAAGACCAAACGAAGAUGUCCAACCUGAGUUCGCAGUGGCUUGCUUGCUUGGCUUCAAUUUUAGCAUGCCAUUAUUUAACACAAACAUGACGUGACUAUCAUGAAAAUUAUUAAAGAUGGAUUUCAAUUCCAUAGCCAUAAGGAAAAGACUGCGAAAUUAAAGUAAGACAUAGAAACAAAAUUGAUAUGCGUUUAUUAAAAAGGCAGUAUUAUUUUAUUGCAUUUAGACUUUCUGUUAAACAGAUCUUGAUAUACUCAGACUCCUUCUCCGUCCAUUGUUGGUUAAACUAAUUAAUUAAUUAUCUAGUUGUAAGAUUUAUAAAAUUUUAUA